UCGACAUCAACAUGAAGCCCACUACCUCGAUUCUCUUGUCAGCCUUGGCCCUCUCGUCGGUUGUCGACUUCGCGGACGCCCACGGUCGCAUGCUUUCUCCCCCUCAUCGUGGCCACAUUGGCCGACUCCCCAAGUUUUCUGGUCUUGUCCCGAUCAACUAUAGCGACAACGGCCUCAGCGCGGGUGGCAUCGGCGGUACCAAAGGGGGAAAACACGGCGUGUGCGGGGACGCGUACUCGGGUGUCCGGGAGCACGAGACCGGAGGGACCUACGGCCGCUUCCCCAUCCACGGAAGCAAGGUCGUUGGCGCGUGCUACGCCCCGGGGUCGACGGUGGACCUCGAGAUCCAAUUGACGGCCAACCACAAGGGGUACUUUCAAUUCGGGCUGUGCAAACUCAGUGGCAAGGACGACAAGGAAACGGAAGAGUGUUUCAAGGCGCUGGCGCAACCCAGUGGGGAAACGCAGUGGCAAGUGCCGCCCGGCAACCAAGUGUUCAACAUGAAGUACGUCCUCCCCAGCGGCGUCACGUGCGACGGCGACUCGCACUGCGUCCUUCGCUGGCAUUACGUGGGCUGGAACAACUACGGCGUGGACAUCAACGGCCAGGAGCAGUUUUGGAACUGCGCCGACGUGUACAUCAGCAACACGUGUGGCGCAUCCAACCCGACCCCGUCCAGCGCCAAGCCGUCCACGUCGGCGGUGGCCACGCAGCCUCCCAGGCCCACGCAGCCCCAAGCCCCCAGCACGUCCAAGCCGACCAUCCCCACGCAGCCUCCCCAGACCAGCGCGCCGUCCAACCCUACGCCAGCCCCCGUACCGGGUCAGUGUGGAACGUGCGCCAACUGCUACUACGCCCCCACCAACUCGUGCUAUGCGGGGUGGUCUGCCACCCAAUGCGCCGAAGUUCCCGGGCUCAAGUGGUGCGGAGCUUAGAAAAACUGUAGUGUGGCGACAUUAAGGUCUACAGUGCUCUGUAGAACAUUGUGUACACAUGUACUUCGUUGUCAUUUCAAGCUUAUACUGGUUGAAUCAAGUUUGUCCUUUGGAUACAAUAGUA